AUGGCUAAAUCAUCUGAUAGGUCGUUCACUUCCAACAGCACACACAAUUCAUUCGAUAACAACAGUCGAACACCAGUCAACGGAAGACCUGAUAUUUGUAAUCGUGUAGGUGCUGAAAUUGUAGGAAUAGAUUUUAACGAAUCUCGUAAAAGCUCACAUGGAAAACGAAGUAGCCCAAGUUUCAGGUCUACAACACUUAUGCUUUUGACUGUCAGCUUCUAUACAAUCCUGACGACUUUACUUGGUGGUCUCGUGUAUUUAAUUCAUCAGACUCAAGAGGAACCCAACAUGAAUGUGACAGAGAGAGAGGCACUAGAAGAUCCGGUUUGGAAUCAAUAUUUCAAAAUGAUCACCAUCAAAGCGUUCGGUGAUGAAAUUGCCCUGUCACAUUACGCAUUUAGUUUCAUAAUCUACUACGCAACUGGGUGCAACUUUCGUCUACGUGUUCAUCAGUUAUUCAGAGGCCUAUUCUAUCGAUUGGGUUGCCGAUGUAGCACUUUGAUGAAACUUGGUCAAUUUGAAGAUAGUGAAAAUAUACCGUCAGUAGCUCGUCGAUCACAUAAUCGUCUGCUGACGAAUGGUGACCGAACGAAUAAUGUGGAUCAUGCUUCUUAUUCACAUAAUCAACGAAAAUUACAAACCCCUAAAAGACUAACUGUUUCUGAACAAUCACCUUUGUCAAAUAAACAAACUUAA